UAACAGGUAGGAUUGCAAUUAUUACAACGUGUGUGUGUGUCACUGGGUGUGUGAGAGCAUCGCUGUGGCCGCCAGAUGGGGUGGGCGGCGCCUGGCACUUGCGCGGGGCUGGCGGUGCCGCGGCUCAGCAGUGCACAGCGAACCCGGGCUAUGGCAGGUGGCCGCGUGACCCGCUCGCUCGCCGGGUGUCACUUCGCAUGUGGAUAAGGGAUUACUACCACCGCCUCAUCACACAAUGUCGCUGAGGGUGUGCACGCGGCUGGACCAGCGGCUGCACGCGGCCGCCGUCAAGGGGGACGUGGAGGAGGCGGUGCGGGUGCUGGACACGGGCCGCGUCCACGUCGACUGUGCGGACCGGGAUGGCACGACGCCUCUCAUCCUCGCCGCCGCCAACAGCCACCCGGAGCUGGUGCGGGAGCUGCUGGAGCAAGGCGCCGAGCCCAACGCCACCAGACACACCGGCACCGGGGCUCUGUUCUUCGCGGCGCAGGGCGGGUUCCUGGACAUCGUGACACUGCUGCUGGACCGCGGCUGCUCCAUCAACCAAGCCUCAAAGGACGGCGGCACGGCGCUGAUCGUGGCGGCGCAGUGCGGGCACAUGGACGUGGUGCAGGAGUUGCUGAGGCGCGGCGCAGACCCCCACGCCGCCAUGAAGGACCGCGCCACAGCUGUCUUCGUCGCCUCGCAGAACGGCCACACCAGCGUCGUGCGUACACUGCUCAACGCGGGGGCUAAGGCCAACGUGCGGCGCGUGGACGGCGCCAGCCCGCUGUGGAUCGCCUCGCAGAUGGGUCACCAGGGCGUGGUGCGCCUCCUGCUGGGUCACGGAGUCAACCCCGACGUCACGAGACACGACGGCGCCACUCCGCUCUUCAAGGCGGCUCAUAAAGGACACGUGGAGGUUGUACACGAGCUCCUGCCCUACAACCCCUGCCUCAGCCUCCUCAAGAACGGUGAGUCCGCCCUGCAUGCCGCUGCCCUGUACGGCCACCUGCGGGUGAUGAAGGCCCUGGUGCAGGCCGGAGCCGACCCGGGCCUGAAGAACGACCAGGGCCUCACGCCCAUCCAGAUCGCUGCUCAGGCUCGCCACUACGAAGCCGUCCAGCUGCUGAAGGACGCCCUGGCCAAACGGAAGGAGAAAGCCCCCGCCACGCCUCCCAAGACCUCACCGGGGCCCCGCUCGCCCCGCCUGGUGCACAGCGUGUCCGGCACCGCCGUGGCCCCGGGCUCGCAGAGCCAGAGCAGCAGCCGCGGCUCCUCGCGGAAUAGCUCCCUCGGCACCAUCGUGGAGACCAGCCCCGUCCUGCCGCGCUCCGCCAGCUCGCCGAGCAACAGCCGCCCGGCGCAGUACGUGUCCUGCGAGCUGAGCAACAUGGUGGACGGCGGCGCGCGGCCCAGGGCCAGCCUGGCCACGGGCUCAUGCACCUCCGUGGGCGGCCGCACCUCCUGCUCCUCCAACCCCUCGCCCUCGCCCAGCAUCUCCAGCGAGCCGCCGCAGUCCAUGAUCGCCGCCCUGCAGAAGGCGCCGCGCCACGCCUCGCACACGGACGUGAGCAGCGUCAAGAACAUUUUCCGCCGCACGCUCGCCUCCUUCCGACGGUCCAGCAUAGUGAAUAAGAGGAACGACAAGCCGCUUGAGCCAUGACAGCCUUCCCCGCAGAGUCUUGCUAGGUUCGUGUCUCUAUCCUGGUUUAUUUUAAAACUGUGCAGUUUUCAGUACAAAUGGCUAAUAAUUCACUGGUGAUAUUAGGUUAGCGGUGAUGGCGUGAAGCUUCACUCCCUGAGACACUCACCGGAGGUCAGUUUUAAGUUGGUGUGGGCGUGGCGGCGCCGAGGUGGGCGUGGCCGCUGCCGCCGCCGCCGCCGCCGCGCCUCCCGCCGGGCGCGGGGCGGCGGGUCGUGUGCUCGUUUCGGUACAACCUAUGCAAGGUAACUCAUAUCAAUUACAACUUUGAUUUACUCAUUUUAUUGUAAUUAUAAUUUGAUUAAUUUUAACACAUUAACCAGCCUCGUGUGGUGAGCCUUGCCUGGCCCUGCCGCUCACACACACACGCACACACACACACGCCUCACAGGCUCAUACCUCCGCCUCGGUGCUGGCCUGGCGGCGCUUGCGGGUCUUGGUUACUUACUAACUAGUGUUGCUGUUCCUUUUGUACUCCAAACACACAUAUGCAACCCUGGAGGUGUUUUAUAAAAGCGGUGGCCUUGGCACUGCACGGGCCGGUGCUGCUCCCCGGCGGCGAGGCUCAGGCGGCGGUGGUGGUGGAGGCGCCUGUGUACGCCGCUGGGGGCAGGCACGUGACGCUGACCCACGAGCUUGUACCGAUUCUUGUUGUCUGGCCGCCCGUCGUCAAGGGACGCAGCCUCGUGGCCGCCGCCCUCCGCGCCGCGCCGCGCGUCCCUGCCGCCCCGCUGCCACGUGGGGUCGCGGCGCGGCCUGAACCCUGUGCCUAGCGGGGGUGGCCCGAGGCAGCGACGUAGGUGUGUAGUGUGUAGUGAGCCUGCACGGGGAGGCAGCGUCGGUGCUGCGCUUGGCCACGCACGCUCGGGGAGCGGCUUGGCGCAGCGGUGCUUGCCGUGACUCUGGCCCUGUUGGUCAUGGGUUCGAACAGCGGCCGCGACGCCGCUUGGUGAAGAUGUAAUGCUCUAAGAUAAUGAGUUUCCCUGCAGCAGGGCGGGUGACUUACCUGUUGAUCUCGGUGAAAGAUCACCAAUAAAAACCUUGAUCAGUGAUUCAAUACUUUAUUUUGUAACACCCAGGCUACUGGACAAAAAUGGCGCAGCUUUUUUACAGCGUUAUACAUUAAUGCGCUGUUUGAGGAAUAAAUAAUACACUACUGUUGUAGUUGCAUUGUAUACAAGUGGCUUUGGUGAACUAGUUUAUUGCCACAGGGCAGCGGCGGCUGUCCCGGGCCUCGUGGAGGAGCAGCAGCCGCCGCACGCCACGCGAGGCUCCAAGAGCUACACUAGACCCUCUGUACCAGCAUGUCCUCAAACGCCGCGGUGUGUGUAAAGCAGAAACUGUGAGACAGGCUGCUGCCCCAAGAGAAGGGCCACACGUAUAUGUUGCUUGCCUUGGAUACACACACACCUACCCUUCGCUGAACUCUGUGUCAGCCUGAAACACCCUCCCACCGCAGCCCAGCACACACACACGCGCGCGCCACAGCAAGGCGGCAGCGGCUGUUCUCUGCACUGUGCAGCCGUGUCUGGAGUCCUCUGCGUCGCCCUCCCAGUGAAGUGUCCGCCGAGCAGAGGCCGGCACGACCCCCGGAGCUGGUUGUUUCGGAGGCCGCGUCUGUCGCCACCGUCCAGUUUGUGCCGCGACGCCCCGCUCCGUCACGUCGUCGGGAGCGUCGCGCCCAGCGUGCCGAGGCCGCGUUCCGCCGCAGCAGCCGCGGGUUAUCGGGACUGUGGACUUACUGUGUAGGCCACGGUACGCAUGGUGGCGCGAGUCACACACUUCUCUUUUCCUACUAACUCCUGUAGCACCGAGAAAUAUACAGAAUGAUCCAGAA